GAGGAGAGAUAACGGGGCGUUGAGUGAUUUGGAGGAAGGUUUCUAGAGAAGUGCUCCGACAAAGUAAGGAGAUGGGCCGCCCGAAACCGGCUGCCCGGGAUAGGGUCGGCUGCCUGGCGCCUGGGAGGAGCCCCGCGUCCCGUCGCGCACUGCCCUUGGCUGGCUGAGCGUGCGUCGGGAGUUGAGCCGUGCUGCGUACCAGGAAGUGACUCUCCCAGCAGCAGCUAUUCAGGCCGUUGGCUGGCUUUUUCGUUUGCUGCCUCAGGUGAAUUUCAAUAUUUCAGUGCUUGGCAGGGAUUAAGAGAAGAGUCCCAAUGCAUAGCCCGGGGUGUUUCUUCUCCAGGGUGGAUCUCAUCUCCAAAUGAGGACUGCUUCCCUGGUAUGGCACAGUACCUUCAGGCUGGCUGAUGUUGUGAUGCCACUCUGGAGGCUGAGCUAUGAGGAACAGCUCAAGCCUGUCAUCCAUGGCUACCGGAAUAAGUCCACCUUCUCUGUGAACCGAGGUCCAGAUAGCAAUCACUACCUGGGAACUUGGAGAGGCAGAAGCAUCAUCUGUGUGUGGUCUAACCAUUUGAAAAACAUCCCCAAGAAACACAAUCAAGUGGCACAGUACUAUGAAGUAUUCCUUCGACAGUCCCAAAUGGAGCCCUGCCUUCUGUUUCAUGAAGGUGGGUACUGGCGUGAGCUCACAGUUCUCACCAAUUGCCAAGGACACACAAUGGCCAUCAUCACUUUCCAUCUUCAGGAAUUAAGACAGGAGGAGCUCUGUGUUCAGAAAGAGGCCAUAAAGAAGGUUUUCACCACCGGGCCAGGAGCAGCCUGUGACUUGACAUCACUUUACUUCCAGGAAAGCACCAUGACACGUUGCAGCCAUCAGCAAUCCCCCUACCAGCUCCUGUUUGGGGAACCCCACCUCUUUGAAGAUCUCCUGGGCUUGAAGAUCCGCAUCUCUCCAGAUGCCUUUUUCCAGAAUAACACUGCUGGUGCUGAGGUGCUGUAUCAGACAGUGGGGGAGCUGAGUGGAGUGAACUCUAACACCAUUCUCCUUGAUAUCUGCUGUGGAACUGAUCACCAGGUGGUUCAAGCCAUUCGAAACUGCAGAACUAUCCACACACUAAUUUUUGUUUCCUGCAAGCCCCAUGGUGAAACCACAAGGAACAUCACUGAGCUGUGCUGUCCUCAAGAUGCUAAGAAGCUCCUCAGUGAGCCUUUUGUCCUGAGAAAAGCUGUGCCUGUGGACCUGUUCCCCCACACCCUGCACUGUGAGCUGGUACUCCUCGAUAAGCAGCCUCCUACAAUACUGCAAGCUCUUUAUUAAGGCUGAAGUGUCAGUAACUUCCAGGUUUGGCAUACUGCAACAUUGUAGACCCUGAGAGCAUUAUUGGAGAAACCAAUCUUUGGAUCAUGAGCAGGAAGAAUGUUACAGAUGACCCAUGAACAACACAGGUUAGGGCCACUGACCCCUCAAACAGUUGAAAAUCUACAUCUAACUUUUGACUUCUCAAAAACUUAAGUACAAAGAGCCAGCCAUUGACUGGAAGCCUUACCAAUAACAGAACCGGUAAAUUAAUACAUAGGUUGUAUAUGUAUUAUAUAUAGUAUUUGUACUAUAAAGUAAGCUAGAGAAAAUAAAAUGUUAAGAGAAAAUACA